UAAAACACAGACUCCUGGAGGUUGGCGAGGAUUGUUGCGGAUCUGGGAGUGCGCAGCUCGGCUCGGCAUGUUCAGCGCUUCAUAUUCGCUCAAACUGACGUUGCAACCCGCAAGUGCCCGACUCUGAGCAGAGGAAGAGGAGAGGAAUUGUUUUAUUUAUGACCGGGCUAAAUAUAGCUAAGCCCCCCCACCCCAUCUUUUUUAUUUUAUUUUAUUUUUUAUUUUUUUGUUUUGUUUUCGGCAGCAGCAGAGGGGGCAUCUUAGGAAGAAGUCACUGUGCGUGUGAGCGACCAUGCGGACACUAAGAAGUGAUGCUGUUGAGUUUUGUUAUUAGGUUUCUCCUCCCGGGCGGUGCUGAUGCUGAUCCUGCUGCUGUCAUGGGUUUCUGGGAGUGACAUCAAAGUUUUUUUUCAGGCUGAUCUGAAACGUUUGAAUAUUCCAGCUGAGACUUCGUUUUCAAAGCCAUCAGCUCGGCUAGUUUUCUUUAGUAAAAUCCGUUUUUUCUUUUCUUUUCUUUUCUUUUUUUUCCAUGACUGGAGUUUUGGUUUAACUGAUCAUUUUGACGCUGAGUCCCUCAAGAGAGCUGCAGACUCCGGCGGAUUUGGCACCGGGAGAGUGAGGAGAUGAACGUUGCCAAUUUACUACUUGUGACUGUCUCCUUCGUCAGCGUUUCUUCAGGGUCUCGGCCGCGUUUUGAAGACAGCCCGCCGCGGAUUGCGGAGGACCCCUCGGAUUUGAUUGUCUCCAAGGGGGAGCCUGCCACCCUCAACUGCAAGGCAGAGGGCCGCCCCAUCCCCAGCAUUGAAUGGUAUAAAGAUGGUGAACGUGUGGAGACAGACAAAGAUGACCCACGUUCUCACCGCAUGCUCCUGCCCAGCGGCUCCCUUUUCUUCUUGCGCAUCGUGCACGGCCGACGGAGCAAACCAGACGAGGGCAUUUACACCUGUGUGGCCCGCAACUACCUGGGAGAGGCCAUUAGUCGCAACGCUUCACUGGAAGUUGCCGUCCUGAGAGAUGAUUUCCGGCAGGCCCCGAGUGACGUGGUGGUAGCUGCCGGUGAGCCUGCUGUGUUGGAGUGUGUACCUCCACGAGGUCACCCCGAGCCCACCGUGUCCUGGAAACGCAACAACGUCCGAGUCAGCACCAAAGAUGAGCGCGUCACUAUGCGUGGUGGCAAACUGAUGAUCUCGCACACCAGGAAGAGCGAUGCAGGCAUGUACGUCUGUGUGGGCAGUAACAUGGUUGGAGAGAGGGACAGUGAUCCUGCAGAGCUGGUGGUGUAUGAGCGCCCCGUGUUGGUGCGAAGACCUGUCAACCAGGUGGUCAUGGAGGAAGAGACUGUUGACUUUCUAUGCGAGGUCCACGGGGAUCCCGCUCCUACUGUGCGAUGGCGGCGAGAAGAAGGAGAGCUUCCCCGCGGGAGGUUUGAAAUCCGCAACGGCAACAACCUCCGUUUGUUCCGCGUGAAAGAGCAGGAUGAAGGGACGUAUACCUGCACAUCAGAGAACAGUGUGGGCAAGACGGAGGCUUCAGCCAUGCUGCAGGUGCACGUACCACCUCAGAUUGCUACAAAGCCCCGAGACCAGAUUGCCACCCAGGGGAGGAGCAUCACCUUCCAAUGCGGCACCACGGGAAACCCUCCACCUGCCAUAUUCUGGCAGAAAGAGGGCAGCCAGAUGUUGUUGUUCCCUGGCCAGCCGCCUUCCCAGUCUGGUCGUUACUCUGUUUCCAUGAGUGGAGAGCUGACCAUCACAGAUGUCCACCCAGAGGACUCGGGCUUUUAUAUCUGCCAGGCCAUCAGUGUUGCAGGAAGUGUUCUGACCAAGGCACUGCUGGAGGUGGAGGGAGGUCCUUCGGGUCGUAUCCCGCCAAUCAUUCGCCAAGGCCCAGCCAAUCAGACCGUAUCUCGGGGUGCAACGGCACAGCUGUAUUGCCGUGUAAAUGGAGGUACCUCAGUCGAGAUUUCAUGGGAGAAGGACGGAGAGAGACUUCAGGGAAAUACACCUCGACUGACCUUGAUGGAAAAUGGCACGUUGCAAAUCGCAGACGUAAAGGACACGGACUCGGGUAUGUACACGUGCGUGGUUUCCAGCACCACAGGAGAGUCGAGCUGGAGUGGGAUGUUGACUGUCAGAGAUGGAGGUUCUUCAGUGUCCAGAGCUUCUGAGUUCAUCCAGCUUCCAGGACCUCCACAGAAGCCUGUUAUAACGGAGGUGACCAAAAACACAGUCACCCUCACCUGGCAGUCCAAUCCCCAUGAAGGCGGGGCCGCUGUCACCUCCUACAUUAUCGAAGCCUUCAGCCAAUCAGUGGGCAGUACCUGGCAGACCGUAGCGGACCAUGUGAAGCAGGAGAGGCACACUGUUGUCGGACUCUUCCCCAACACCGUUUAUCUCUUUAUCGUCAGAGCAGUCAACUCGUACGGCCUCAGCGACCCCAGUCCGAUCUCCGAGCCUGUCAGGACACAGGAUGGGAGUCCGACUGAACAGGGAGUGGACCACAGACAGGUGCAGAGAGAGCUGGGAGAGGUGUCUGUCUACCUGCAGAAGCCGAUGGUUCUGUCUCCUACGAGCGCCAAGAUUUCUUGGAGUGUUGCCCGUCAGUCACGGUACGUUCAGGGUUACCGUAUAUUUUAUCGAAUGAUUGGCAGCUCCUGGCUGGUCCAAGAUGUGGAGGCCACGUCUGACUACAGUACCAUCUUAGCAGAUCUGCACAGUGGUACCGAGUACGAGGUCAAGAUCCGGCCUUACUUCAAUGAGUUACAAGGGCAUGACAGCCUCAUGGUUCUCCUGCGUACCUCGGAGGAGGUUUUGUGUGCCCCUCCACAGGCUGUAUCAGUGGUGCAGCUCACCAACAGCACCAGUAUCAGCGUGUCCUGGGAGCCACCGCCUCAUAAUAUUCAGAGCGGCAUAAUUAGAGAGUACAAGGUCUGGUGUCUGGGCAGCGGCGUUGAGCAGGAGAACCAGAUAAACCGAACCGUGGAUGGAGCAGUCCUGUCCAUCCUGCUGACGGGCCUGCUGCCUGAAGUCCGUUACACCGUGAUGGUGGCUGCUGUCACCAGCCUGGGUGUGGGCGCUCAGAGUCCGCCUGUCAGCCUGCUUCUCACUCCCCCGCUUGAGAAGACUUCAACGACCGUGACUAAGGGCGAUGACCUCAGCAUAGCAGAGCAGAUCACAAGCGUCAUCCGCCAGCCAGCCUUUAUCGCUGGGCUGGGUGUGGCUGCGUGGUUGGUGCUGAUGGGCUUCAGCGGGUGGCUAUACUGUCGCCACCGAAGGAGGAAGCAGCUGGGACACUAUACCACAUCCUUCGCAUACACCCCAGCAGUUGGCUUCGCUCACAGUGAGGGAUCAGGAAUCAUUAAUGGAGGGCCUGGCUUGUUGGGAUCAAAUAUGGGCAACUACCCCUGGCUGGCAGACUCUUGGCCCACUCCAAACCUCACUCACAACAGCAAAGACUCGGUCAACUGCUGCUCUGGCAAACUGGAUUCAGAGAGAUAUUACAACACUGUUGGGAUCAUAAACUACCCGAACCAGUCAGAGAAGCACAGCACGGCGUCCAACGACAGUCCCAUCUACAGCACCAUCAACACAACGGCUGAAGACGACCUCCUGGCGUACUACGACACCUACUCGAGCACGUCCUACAACCAGGGUCCAGACCCGUACAGCAGCAACCCAAUACUGUCAAACAGUGGGUUUGGAGGUCUGGAGCAGGACUUGGAUCAUUGGACCAUAAAGUCUGGUCACUCUGGAUCUGAAUACGCCAAGCUUCAGUACAGCAAGAAGAGCAACGACAAACUGGUAAAGCAGAGGUCUACUGGGUCAUCAUCCAAGGCAGGUCCUCUCACCUGGGUGGAUGUCUUGUCUCUACCUCUUCCCGCCAAUAAAGAUGGACACCGUACAAAAACACACAAAGAAGAUGAGCAGCACAGCUCUGAGGAGGAGGACGAUGACUGGUGUCCUCCUCUGCCAGCCAGAACCUACCUGAUGGACACUUCCAGGGAGGAACUCCCCAGCCUGCCCUCUAAACCAGAUGAGCUGUCCUACACUGCAACUUUGACAUCUCCCCACCAGCAAGAUGCAUCCAAGCCUAAUGACAGUCCACGGCUGCAGCAUUUUGACCUCUUGGCACGUCACCACUUGGUCUCCCAGUCUAACCCCGAUCUGUUUACCAACAUGAAGGCCCAGGAUGGCAGUGAGGUAUACCGCACUAGCCAGUGGGUAGAUGAUUUCAAGGGGGAAAGCCUUGGUAAAGGACAAUUUCCUGUUACAGCUGCAGAGUCGAGCCCCACAGCCCCGGCGCACAGAUCCAGGAGUAAGAAGAAAACGCCCAAGGAUGGACCAAACAAGAGAGAUCUGCACAGUGAAGCAGAGCUCCCCCCUCCACCGGCUCCUCUCCGCACAGAUGACUCCCUGCAGCUCUUGGCUGAUGUGUUGAGCCGCAGUCGAGCACACAAAGAGGGGAGUGACUCACCCACUCUUCAGAAGAGGGGAGAACAUUUCUCACCCGAAAGAAGAGGAUCUACAAAGUGGUUAUCGCAGGAUGAGAAUGUAAUCCCGUACGGACAGUCAAGCAUCGUGCCCAACGUCCAGACGUCAAACUACGGGUCCCUUGGUGGAGGAGUGUUUCAGCAACCAUCUAGUGCUGGUCUUAGGAGAAAUGAGAAUCUCAUGUAGACAGUCGCCGAUUACGCCAUGUGACACCGUCCAUUUUUCCUCCCUGAUUUCCCGUCUUUGCGAACCAUCAAUCUGUUGCCAUGGUAUCUGCUGAAAAACUGAAGACAAAAGGGAACGUGUCGAGGCUUGCCAUCUGCCUUUUCACAAACUAUUUCUAUUCUUCUUUUUUUUAAAUCUUAUUUUAGUGAUUUAAUCUUUAUUUUUUGUGAUUUCCGUUACUCCUCCUCCGUGUAUAUAGACAUCUUUCCAAUUUUUUUAAAAGAUAUGGUUAAAUAUAUUACAAACAUCUGCGGAUCUGUGGGAAAAUAUUGUAUUUUUAACAAUUUGUGGGGGUGGGUAGGGUUGAAUCCAAGUAUUACAUUGUUGUACAGCUGAUUAUUGAAUGUAUCUUCUGUUUACUCCUGAACCAUCAAACCAAAAUGAUGGGAGACGUCACGAGGCAGAUAAUGUGCUAAUAACCCAUCAUGUCGGUGUGCGUGCGCGUGCAUGUGUGUCGUGUUUGUGUGUGCUGCUGUUUUUUCUGUAAUCUUUGUGUGACUGUGUACUGUGGUACUCCUGUAGAUCACCGGUGUGUUCAUUUUUAAACCGACCAAUAAAGCAUUUGUUAGAAAAACGUUUCCAUCCAUCUCUGAGUUAUACUGAAUGAUGGUGAUCUGUGCACAUCGUGCACUCGGCCCUCUUUAUGUGCAUACAUGAGUGAGCAUUUUAUUUAAUGCCGUAUUUUUGCUUUUCGAUAACGAUAUCCACAGUCAUCAUUAAAGAGUCACCAAACUGUGUUCAACGGCCAAACUCAUAAUGAGUAUUUGGUAGCGAAAGAUCAAAAUAAAAACCUUAUUAAAUCCAAGCGAGUCUG